AUGGCACAAGCAGCAUGGCCCCAAAGCCAAUCCAAUACCUCCUGGUCCGACUUCAUAACACCACUAAAACGAAAUACAUCACUACUCAAGCGAGCGUUCGAGACCAAUCCCACAAUCACAAAGCGAGCACUGGACAACUCGGCGCGGAGAAGCACACACGAUGAGCUGGGCGCUGUACUACUAAUGAUGUUUAUCAUGUUCUGCUACGCUAGCGCUUGGUAUGGAAUGAAGUUGCCUUUGCAUCGGGUACUUCGCACACCAGAGGGAACUUCCCACUCGACGACGGAGGACUGGCUCAGAGAUGCUCUCCUCGUCCUAACAGUCGCACUCGUAUGCAGCUUUGCUUCCUGGCUACUGGGACUUUAUCUUAGACAUCACGCGAUGCAGUCCUGGUGGUAUGGUCAGAUAUCGUUGGUACUGGGGAUUCUCGAGACAGCGAUUGAUGUGUUGUUGGCGGUCGUCUGGAUUCGUGGGUUGUACGCGGUGUGGCACUUGAGGUACAGGUUUAGAAAUUGGCGCCGCCGCCGCCGUUGA